UGCUUCCGGGGAACGGGAAUGGCCUGGGGAGGAGGGGAGCGCGGCGCCCGGUAGGGUGAGUGCGGCAGCUGUGCUGUCCUCCAAACGUCGUUUUCUACGAGAAGCUUGCGCUUGUCUUUUAUUUUUAAUUUUUUUUUUAAAGGAGCAGCGGCUGCAUGCUUCCUCUGUGGAGAUGGACACCGCCUGAUGCUCAUCACCCUGAGUUCCCCUUCUGGCAGUGUUGGAAAACACUGGCACAAGUCUGCUUGUGACUCCUCUGAGGCGAGGUGGGGAGUCAUCUGCAGGUACCAGGUCAAGUCAUUCUGCAACUUCUACCAGACUGGCUGUUAGGUUUAAAACACAGUGUGCACGCAUACUAGUAAGCUGAAGGGAAUACUGAAGAUACGUAGACUUAGAGAAGGCUCUGAACCAUGGAUAACCUCUGUGCAGCAAAUACCACUUUUGCACUCGACCUCUUAAGAAAGCUGUGUGAGAACAAAAGCACGCAGAAUCUAUUCUUUUCUCCUUUUAGUAUUUCUUCUGCUUUGUCUAUGGUUUUGCUGGGUUCAAAAGGCAACACCGAAGCCCAAAUAGCAAAGGUGCUUUCUCUGAACAAAGCUGAGGAUGCUCACAAUGAGUAUCAAUCACUUCUUUCUGAAAUUAAUGAUCCAACUGCCAAAUAUAUACUGAGAACUGCUAACCGACUUUACGGAGAAAAGACAUUUGAGUUUCUCUCAUCAUUUAUAGAGUCAAGUGAGAAAUUCUACCAUGCUGGACUAGAACAGACUGACUUCGUGCAUGCUUGGAAGGAUUCCAGAAAACAAAUAAAUGGCUGGGUAGAGGAAAGGACUGAAGGUAAAAUUCAGAACAUGUUGGCAGAGGGGAUUCUCAAUUCACAGACCAGACUUGUGUUGGUGAAUGCCAUCUAUUUCAAAGGCAACUGGGAAAAGCAGUUCAACAAAGAGACAACAGCAGAAGUGCCAUUUCAUAUUAACAAGAAUGAGACCAAACCUGUGCAGAUGAUGUUCAAGAAGGAUACAUUUAACAUGACCUAUAUUGGGGACUUCAAGACCAAAAUCCUUGAGCUCCCUUAUGUUGGUAAUGAACUCAGCAUGAUCAUCCUGCUCCCUGAUGCAAUCCAGGAUGAAUCCACUGGCUUGGAAAGCCUGGAAAGAGAACUUACGUAUGAGAAGCUGAUAGAUUGGAUCAAUCCUGAAAUGAUGGACUGUACAGAGGUGAGGGUGUCUCUACCCAGAUUUAAACUGGAAGAAGAUUAUGAUCUGAAACCCCUUCUGAGCAGCAUGGGAAUGCCUGAUGCAUUUGACUUGGGGAAGGCAGACUUCUCGGGAAUCUCAGCUGGCAACGAGCUGGUGCUCUCCGAAGUAGUUCACAAGUCCUUUGUGGAAGUCAACGAAGAAGGCACUGAAGCGGCAGCUGCCACAGCAGGAGUGAUGAUGCUGCGCUGUGCAAUGAUCGUUCCAGAAUUCACAGCUGAUCAUCCCUUCCUCUUCUUCAUCCGGCACAACAAAACUUCCAGCAUUUUGUUCUGUGGCAGGUUUUGCUCUCCCUAAAACAGAGGCAUCUUGGCAGCUGUCAUUACGCAAUGUUCUGUUCCUUUAGAAUAGGGCUACUUUUUCUGCACUAAUUCUCUUCCAGCUGUGCCUGAAUCCACUUCUGUGGCCUUUAUCUCAGGCUUGACUAGAAUAAGAGCCACUUAGACAUACACAGCAACCGCCAUGUACAACAACUCUCUUGGCCCGUGCAUCUGAGCGCGAAGGUCUAACUUUUUGCCAACACAAGAAAUGCCCCGCUUGCUCAGUGAGUGCUUCAGUAGUCCCCAUCACACUUCACUUUUUGUGGCCACCAGGCAGCAAGUCAGGCAGUGACAUCUCAUAGGAAGGGAAGAAGUUAACUUUGGUUCUGAUGAGGCUGCAGCAUGUCUUUACCUCCCUUCCCCCUUUUUCCUCCCAUCACCCCCUUUUUCUUUUCCCCUCCAGACUCAUCCAUUUAAUGCCUCAAUACAUUCCCUAGAGCUGAAAGGAGUCUGGCAGCUUGUUCUGAAUGUUGCUAAACAUCCUGACUAGACACGGUUUUGUGGAUAAUAACUAAGCAAGUAGAUGGCUAUUGUGGACAAUAACCUGGGCAAGAAUGGAAAUAAAAGCAUGUAUUUGUACCAAAUGUCCUUACAGGGUAUUCAGAGGAUCAUUGCUUUAUCACUACAGGACACCUGGGUUUAUUACCUGUCACCUAGUUUUAGUCCUUUAAUGAAGAAUGGAAUGAAAAAGCAUAUGGUGCCUAUGCAAUAUUUGACAAAGCUUUAAUUUUUUGCUGUUAUAUAUUUUUUCUGUCUGUAGUUUAACUGUAUAAUACCAAAGACGUUGCUGAAAUAGUUUUCCCUAAUACAGUGAUUUGUUUUGCUGUUUCUGAAAUAAUAAAAAACCUGAAAUGGUG